CAUUUCCUCCUCAUUCCAUGUAAAAACAAUUCUGUGGCAUGUUUUAAUACAACAUAAAUUUCAACCUGUGGAUUUUCAUUGUACUCGCAGGUGAACUAAAUUCUAGAAAUUAUCUUUAAAUAGUGUAGCCUUUAGCUCAGUUCAUUACAUUCAGCGAAACACCAGAUCUAUGAGCUCCAGAAAGGCAGAUAUGUCAGAGAAGAAAUCUCGGAACUCGGACACCCGGCCAAAAUGCAUCCGCAGCUGGAGUGCAGACAGCUACGUAUGGAGCAGCAAGAAGCGGUCCAGGAGCGCCCAAAAUGACAUGGGUGUGAGGGGCACGGAGGCGGAGGAAGAUCAGGUGGGGCGCUCAGCUUCCUGCCCUCGGAGGCGCAGGGAGAGGAAGUGCAGCUGCACAACGCUGGGCGAGGGGGACCCGGAGAUCCCCUGCCGAAAAGCCCUGUCCCGCCGAUCCCUCCGGCAAAAGUUUCAGGACGCGGUUGGCCAGUGUUUUCCGAUUCGCACCCACCACCACCACCAUCACCAUCACCACCAAUCCGGGGCCUCCCGUCCCUUCUCUGUACUGCUCUGGUCAAAGCGCAAGAUCCACGUGUCGGAGCUGAUGCAGGAUAAGUGUCCUUUCUCCCCCAAAUCUGAACUCGCGCACUGCUGGCACCUUAUCAAAAAGCACGUCUCGCAGCCGGGUGGGUCCAUAGGUGUAGGCGCUGACCACAAAGAGAGGGCUUUUCCCUCCUCCUCUUCCUCUUCCCCUCCGCCCUUGAUUUCCUGGGAGGAGAUCAGCUCGGGCGGGACUCAGAGCCUGGACGACUGGGAUCCCUCCCGCCCGGGCAACAGAGCGCAGGGCUGCUCCCACACCGACUACAUCCUGGUACCCGACCUGCUCCAGAUCAACAACAGCCCCUGCUACUGGGGCGUCCUGGACCGCUUCGAGGCUGAGGAGCUGCUGGAGGGCCAGCCGGAGGGCACCUUCCUGCUCCGGGACUCCGCCCAGGACGAGUUCCUCUUCUCUGUCAGCUUCCGCCGCUACAGCCGUUCCCUGCAUGCCCGCAUCGAGCAGAACGGCAAGCGCUUCAGCUUCGACGGCCGCGACCCCUGCGUGUACCGGGACCCCAGCGUCACCGGCCUGCUCAAGCACUACAGUGACCCCGCCACGUGCCUCUUCUUCGAGCCUCUUCUGUCCCGCCCGCUGCCCAGAAACUUCCCCUUUUCCCUGCAGCACCUCUGCAGGGCGGUCAUCUGUAGCUGCACCACCUAUCAGGGGAUCGAGGCCCUGCCCUUGCCGCACUCACUCAGAGACUAUCUUAGGCAAUACCACUACAGGUGUAAUGGGGCCUGUGCUGUGUAAAGCAUUUAGCACUAUAAGAUAAGGCUUUGGCCUUUAUAAUCCCCACUGAUGCCCACCAAAAUACUGAAUAAUUGCUUUUUUUGU